CCCUGUGAGAUUGCAUGUAUGCCGUAUGCGCGUUGGACCGAAGUGGCUACAAAUUACAUAUGGUUAGUGGAUGCGAGUGGGCUAUGUAAAAGUAGUGGCUGAACGCCUCACGCCGAUGCAUCCAAAAUACAAGAUCCCAACUCCCGGAUUCCAAAGCAAGGAUUGACCUGACAUAGUGGGUUUAAUUGGAUUGCGGUAGUCUGCACUAUGUAGGUUACGUCCGAUGCAAUGCUCAGCGCCGAGCGCUGAAUACAUUUCUGAAUCCUGAUGAAGGAGACCAUCCGGCCAUCGCACCACCGGGCGCCGUCUGGCGUCCAUGGAUCACUGAUCCACAAAAGUCAUUCGUUUGUCGUUGCGUUGCAUACGUCCAGACAACUCAACGAGACUCCAGCGCCAGUCUGGCUGCUGGCUUAUAUCAGCGGUGUUGAUCCUACUUCCCUUCUUCCGAUCCAGACUGUUUUUGAGGUCGAGACCUGCUCGCGCCAGCAGACGCCAGCCGCCAGGCAAAGCUUCGAUGAAAGGGGGGCCUGGGGUGAUUGGGCAAACGGGUUCAUGCGUUCAAGCAAGAUGGCUGCGGUGGUGCGAAGUGGAAGCAGCAACGUGGGGUCCACGUUUUACGUUUUGCUUGGGCUAAUUGUUAAGAGUUUGGACGGGUUGGAGCGGGCUUCGUACUGCACACAAUUGCCUAUGCACUCCGAUGCAUUAGGGCUCGCAAGUCAACGCUUGUGAUGCAAGGGGGUGGGCAGUGAAGUAGUAAAAUCGAAAGGCGU